AUGUGGUAUUUGAGCAAGACGUUCGCCUUCAUCGUGUUCAUGGUUGCUGUGUUUUGUGUGAGCAAAACAACGGAUCAACCUCUGUCACAACAGCACACAAGGCAAUCACCAAACCUUCGUUAUGGGUUCUAUCGGGAGAAAUGUGAGCAAGCAGAGCACAUUGUCCUUUCCACUAUGAGAGAACUCACAGCAGAAAACAGUGAUACUCCAGCUGCACUUCUUCGUCUACUCUUCCAUGAUUGCUUCAUUCGGGGAUGCGACGCUUCCAUUCUUUUAAAAGACCAUGCUAAUAAUGCAGGUCGGAGUGAGACAGAGGCUGCUCCUAAUCUUACCCUCAAAGGCUUUGAAAUGAUUGAUGUAAUAAAGCAAAGACUUGAAAAUGAAUGUCCAGCAACUGUUUCUUGUUCGGAUAUUCUUGUUCUUGCUGCCAGGGAUGGGAUUACCCUCGUACGUACGUUCUUCACUGUUUUUGUUAGUGAAACAUUCUUCCAACAGCACACUAUGUAUGGUUCACUUGACUUUGUGGAUGAAUUGGUUUUUGAAUGA